GAGGUGACUUAAACCUAAAUUGGACUUGGACCUUUUUUAUCCAAAAAAAAAAGAAAAAUCUUGAUAAUUAGCAGCCAUUUUGUACCAAAAUGAUUAAAUCACAGCCGUAAAGCCAUCCAAUUUCAAAAAUCUAAAACUGAUCCAAGCCGUCCAAUUUCUGUACCAAUCAAAUCAACCUCCACCAUGAGAUCCCGCCCCAUCAACCCAAAAAAUAAUAAUAAAACUUCGUCCGCACUUCAUUCAGUUCUCCAUUUCCAAAACAUGCUCGACGUUUAACACCCCGCGGCAAAACAGUAUAUAUAAAUGACCCAUAUGCUCUUCUAAUCUCUCUCUCUUGUCAAAUUUGUUUUAAUCUUUAUCUUAUUUGCUUCUUUCUUUAUAAAUAUUGUGUCUUUAUUGACUGAAAUUUUCAAGCUUUUCCGAAUUGAAGAUAAUCAGGUUUUGUGUUUGGAGGAUUGUUUGAAAUGGCUAUGUAUGAGCAAGAUUCAGAUGUAGUUCAAUGGGGUCUUCGUCUUCUUGAUGGAGAUCCUCCUUUCUAUUCUGGGUAUUAUUGUGGUGUAGUUCAAAAUGAGGACAGUUAUCAUGGACAAUAUAUCAGAGAUCACUAUGACAUAUCAGAUUGUACCCAUGUAGAUAGUGAUGAGAUUAUUGCUCGAACACUGCAAGAAGAAUUUUCGCAACUGGCUGUUGCUGAAGCCUCUAGGUACUCACCAGCUAGAGAAGAUAACAUGCAAGAAUCUAUUCAGUCGCAUGAUUGGCAUUGUACACCGACAAGAAGCUACAGUUCAGACCAUGAGCAUAGCCAUGAAGAUUCUGACGAUAUGGUCCCUUCUAGUUCAUGCUCUAGUCCUGGUAAUGAGGAUGAGUAUUCUUAUUCUCCAGAAUUUGCUGAUGAAUAUGCACUGGAUGAUGAAGUUGGCAGAAGGCUGAAUCAAAUGGUUCCUAUCCCUCAUGUUCCCAGAAUUAAUGGAGAAAUACCUUCAAUUGAUGAAGCAUCCUCAGAUCAUGAAAGGCUUCUCAAUAGAUUGCAGUUAUUUGACUUUUUUGAGGUUAAGGUUCAAGGGGAUGGUAACUGUCAGUUUCGUGCUUUAUCAGAUCAAUUAUACAGCACGCCUGAUCGUCACAAAGUUGUGAGGCGACAGGUUGUAAACCAGCUGAGAUCUCAUCCAGAGAUAUAUGAAGGGUAUGUUCCUAUGGAGUAUGGUGACUACUUGAAGAAAAUGUCAAAGAGCGGUGAGUGGGGGGAUCAUGUCACAUUGCAGGCAGCUGCAGAUACGUAUGGUGUGAAGAUACUUGUUAUGACCUCCUUUAAGGACACUUGCUACAUAGAGAUUCUUCCUAUCAACCAGAAGACAAAAGGAGCAAUUUUCUUGAGCUUUUGGGCAGAGGUACACUACAAUUCUAUCUAUUUUCAAGGAGAUACCACCUCUAAUGAGUUCAGAAAGAAGAAAAAGUGGUGGAGCUUUGGGAAUCGGCACUCACCUUCUUCUCCUCCUCCUCCUCCUCCUCCUCCUCCUGCUGCUGACGCCUUUCACCUACCUCCGCAGCAGCUGCAGCGGCGGCAGCAGCCACAACGGCAGCUGGUUGCAGCAACAAUGCAAACACCUCAGUAUACCAACCAGCAUACUGAAUUGAAUUCUUUAUCAUUUUUGUCAUUAAUAUUCUAUCGCAUGGAGACUGCAAGGACUUUCCUUUCUUCUCCUCCACCAUUUCCUUCAAGAACCCAUUUCAAGAAUUCUCUCUCUUCUUCAGUUCCUGCAGUUACUUCUGCUCCAACCACUUCUAUAGCUAGAAAUUUUCCUACCUCAGUUCUUUUGCAAGAGCAGCGUGAUGAGUUUAGGCCUCUCCUGAACAUAUUCAAGGAAGAUAAAACUUUUCAGGCAACAGUGGACACGAGACAGAUGGAUCCUGGGACCUCAGAUCAGGAAGGCAUUUGCUCUGAUGUCUUGGAUCAGUUAAUACUUCACUCUAAGUGCCACUCGCUUCGUUGGCCCAGUUUUUGGAAUUUAAUGUCUUCUGUACAGACUGGGCAAAGUCUAUCCUGGUCACUGACUAUGCAAUCUAUUACAACCAAUACUGAUGAGCUUAUGGUUGUUGAACCGACUAAUGUGAUUGACCUUGCUAGAAAAGCUUUAUCUGCCUCUAAAGAAGCGGCAUUACUAGCUCAGAAAUGCGCUAAUCUUGAUGAUACAGUUUCUACUGGUUUGGAACCCACAGAUUUAUCUAAUUUUUCACUUGAGGAGGUCAAGACUGUUAGGUCAACACGACGUUUAGAGAGGCAGUCGAAGAAUCGCAGGGUGACAAAAACAAAAGAAAUAUUUCAUGAACCAUAUAGUUCUAGAAGGGCUGGAGUACAAAAAAAGAUAAAUGAAGGAUUUGAUCCAAAGGAUCCACUUCGAUUAUUUUUGUGGGGUCCAGAAACAAAACAACUUUUGACGGCUAAAGAGGAGUCUGAAUUGAUUGGUCAAGUGCAGGAUUUAAUGAGCUUGGAGAAUGUUAAAGAAAAGUUUAAGCUUCAGUUUGGCCGUGAUCCGACCUUGGUUGAAUGGGCUGAUGCUGUUGGGCUUAGUUAUUCAGUCAUGCAAUCGCAACUUCACUCUGGUAACAGAAGCCGAGAAAAGCUGAUUAAUGCAAAUUUGAGGAUGGUAGUUCACAUUGCUAAACAAUAUCAAGGCCGCGGUCUCAGCCUUCAGGAUCUACUGCAGGAGGGAAGUAUGGGUCUUAUGAAGAGCAUCGAGAAAUUCAAACCACAAGUUGGUUGCCGGUUUGCUACUUAUGCAUACUGGUGGAUAAGACAGACUGUUAGGAAGGCCAUAUUUCAGCAUUCUAGGACAAUUCGUUUACCGGAGAAUGUCUAUCAUACUUUGGGCAAGGUGUCGGAGGCAAAGAGGUCAUAUAUUAUGGAAGGAAACCACAAUCCAACCAAAGAAGAAUUAGCGAAACGUAUUGGAAUUACAACUGUCAGGUUGGAGAGGUUGCUUUACAUGGCAAGAAUGCCACUUUCAAUGCAACAAACAGUGUGGGCAGACCAAGAAACUACUUUUCAGGAGAUAACUGCAGAUAUUGAAGUUGAGAUCCCAGAGUUAUGUGUGGCAAAGCAACUGAUGAGAAAACAUGUUCUCAGCCUCUUAAACAUUCUCAACCCGAGAGAGAGGAAGAUAAUCAGACUAAGAUAUGGCAUUGAGGAUGGCAAAAAGAAAUCACUAUCUGAAAUUGGUAGUGUCUUUGGUUUAUCUAAGGAACGGGUGCGGCAAUUAGAAAGCAGGGCACUGUACAAGCUGAAGCAAUGUCUUGCUAGCCAUGGACUUGAGGCUUAUGCAGAUUUGCUUGUUUAGAUGUAAAGACAGGAGGCAAAAAUGCCAUUCACUAUUGUCAUCUUUUUAAGCACAGAACAUGCAAUUCAAAUUCUUUUUUCUCC